AUGUCCCUCGCCCUAAGACCCCGAGUUGAAGCCAAAGAAGAAAGAAGAAUGGAAAUCAGAGAAAUCGAGGAGAUGCUUAGAUUGAGAAGGUCUACUUCAGAGGACGUAGCCAGCGGAACUGAAUUUAAUGAGUUUGUUAAAAAUGACAAAACUCAUCAGUUUGAAAUUCGCGAGUUGGCAAGCGCGUUAAGCGGUUUCAUUAAACAAUUUAGAGUCGAAGGAAUUGAAGCUUUUGGAUGGAGAGAGUUCAUGGAAAAAGUCAAACCAGAAGUCGUGAGGAUAAUGAAAGAGAAUCGUCAAAUGAAAGUUCUGAUGAUUUUUUCGAGUGAGAUGGAGAGAGAUUCAGAGUUCAGAAUUUUGAUGGAAGAGGAAGCCACUGGAGAUUUCAGAGAGUGAUAUCACUUCACAUCCAUCUUGCGGAAUACAAACCGUUUAACGGUAGAUCUUACAUCAAACUCCCAGAUUCUUUUCAAAGGAAGAAAGCAGUAGUAAAUAUCAAGAACAAGGAUAAUAAUUGCUUCCAGUGGUGUAUAGCAAGAGUAUUUAAUCCUAACAAGUUACACCCUGAGCGGAUUUCAGACUUGAGAGGAAAGACAAACCAAGUGAAUUUCACAGGCAUUAAGUUCUCAGUAAAAUUGAGAGAUAUUGAUAGGUUCGAAAAACAGAACGAGGGCAUCGCUGUCAUUGUGUUUGGUCUUGAUAGGACAAAAGUCUAUCCUCUUAGGAUCACUGAAAGGAAUAUCAGAGAAAGGAAGGAAAAAAGGAAAACUAAUCAUCCGCAAGAGAGAAAAAAAACGAAGCAUUGAUCUUCUUCUGAUAGAAGAGGAAGGUAAUCAGUAUUACUGCUAGAUCAAAAACAUUAGCAGGUUACUCUCGAAACAAGUCACAAAGCACAAAGGUUCAUUGUUCUUCUGUCAAAGAUGUUUGA